ACAAGUUUAGCUUUAUGAAAUGGAAUAUUGGCGCAGUGUUGUGUCGCUGGUCAGAUCUUAAGGUUCAAUCAGUCGGAAGUGCGACGUGAAACCGAACGAAUGCGGCGCGCACUAUUAUAAAUAUACAUAUAAACGAAAAUUGUGCGACAAAUCAACUUCAUAUGUAUGUACAUAUAUAUAUACAUUGUAUGUGUGUGUUUAUGAUAAUAAACACAGCAAUUUUCUGUUUGUCGUUACUAAUUGGACCGUCAGCGAAAUGCGCGUGUGUUACGUGGCCACGGCAAUACUUUAAUUAAUAAGGCACGUUGAGAAAUCUGUACUCUGGAUGUGAAAAUUUGUAUAGGAAACGACGCACGCACACACACACACAUACAUUUUUUUCAAAAGGCGAAACAGUCGCAUACAAAAACAACAACAUUAAAUUCUAUGUUGCAAAAAGUCACACACAAAAUCAAUAAUUGCUUGUCGCCGAUUGUACAAGUGCGUGUGUGUGUGAAUAAAGAGUGCUGGAAGAAACAACAUGCCAAUAAAGCUAUGCUGAUUGCUGUCCAGUGAAAUACUACAGCGUUGUAAGCGACAACAUGCAGCAACCCACAAGCUCGAGUGCAGUUGGCGGGAGUGCCGCCGCACCCGGCCCCAAUCCUGGCCCCCCAACGCCCGCUGCUUCUGCUCCUCCAGCUACGCCAAGUUUCGCGGCUAGCAGCAGCACCCCCAUACGCAUAGGUAGCGCCAAACAGGCGGGUGGAGGAGACUCUUUAGCCCCUCCAUUGGCCGCAACCUCCCACUCAAUGCCCGGCACGCCGCAACAGUCGAGCAGUGUCCCAACCGCAACCCCCGCUUCCUUGUCCAUGGGCGCCUCAAAUCAGUCCCUGGGUGUCAGCGUCGGUGCGGCAAGCAGCAUCAGCGGCAUCAGCAUUACGCCACCAAAUAGCGCAGGGCUACGACAGACGGCAGCAGUAUUCGAUUUCAAAUUCAAACGACGACCCUCGCUGAAAGUUCUUCUAACGAAACUACCCUCCACGGAUAGUUUGAGCAACAGCCCAGCGCCAUCAUCUCCAGGAAUCGCACACUGGGCCACCGAUAGUCGCGAUGGCAAUCUGGCUGAUAAGUCACCCUCAGAUGUUUCAAAACUUAAUCGAAAAGAGUCCUACAAAGCUCAACGCAAGAACUACAGACGCGAGAAAAAGCGCGUGGCCAGCGAGCUGAUGAACUCCCUGCAGGAUCCGGCGGUCAUAGUGCUCGCCGAUUGGCUAAAAGUACGCGGCACUCUGAAGUCCUGGACGAAGCUCUGGUGCGUACUGAAACCCGGCCUGCUGCUCAUAUACAAGAGCCAGAAGACGAAGAGCAGUCACUGGGUGGGAACGGUUAUGCUAACCUCUUGUCAAGUUAUUGAGAGACCGAGCAAAAAAGAUGGAUUCUGCUUCAAGCUGUUCCAUCCACUGGAACAGUCCAUAUGGGCACCCCGUGGUCCCGACAAGGAGACCAUUGGCGCAGUUGUUCAACCCUUACCAACCGCUUACCUGAUCUUUCGUGCACCCAGUCAGGCGGCUGGUAAAUGUUGGAUGGAUGCACUGGAACUCUCAUUGCGCUGCUCUGCGCUACUGCUUCGGUCAAAUAGCAACACCACCGGCGCAGCUAGCAGCACUUACACCAGCGAUCCCUUACCAGUAUCUCACGAGACUCAGUGGUCGGAAGCGGAUUAUGAGAAACAUUUUAAUGAUCAUGGUAAGUUUAGGGCGCGUUAUCUGGCGCUUCCCGAUACGGAAACCUCGCGCUCCGAAAAUAGUUUGAUCACAUCGCGUGCUCCAACUCCACUGCUGCAGCAAAUAUACAGCAGCGCCGUUAACAACUGGGAGCGCACAAAAAACUUUCCCAAGCUGCGCAGCAAAGUUCCCCAGCAGGAGCGCAAGACAUCCUUUGGGGAGGCCAUGCUUAGCGAUGCUUCUUCCAGCGUCGACUACUCGCAGUCGAAGUCGUUACAGCUGAAGCGACGCCGUCUGGGUCCUAUUACCAAGUCCAUGUCGCUGGGCGCCGUCCUACGGGGCAGCACAUCAAGUGAUGAUGAGGAUGAGAACGAUAGCAUCAUCUGUGCGCCCAUCGGGGUUGGCCGGCCAAUCAGCGCACCGCCUGAUUGUCUCGUUCGUCCAACAUUUCGUGUCAACGUAAAGGAUUUGGAUGCAGACAGUCAAAAUGAGGCCGCCAACGCAACUAUGUCCGGACUGGAGUCUGAAACGGAGUCGGAUGCGCCGGAGGUAGCACAAAAUGAGCUGGUGCCGUGCAAAGAAACUCUGUAUGAGCCCUUCAUUGAGGAGGAGUUUGGUGAACAAGGCGAACAGGUGGAAGAGCUCGCCGAUGAAAACAAGAGCCUUAUCUGGUGCAUUGUUAAGCAAGUGCGUCCAGGUAUGGAUCUAAGCAAGGUGGUACUGCCCACCUUCAUAUUAGAGCCGCGAUCAUUUCUGGACAAGCUGUCGGACUCAUAUUAUCACGCUGAUAUAUUGUCCAAAGCCGUUCAUGAGGAUGACGCCUAUACGCGCAUGAAAUAUGUUGUACAAUGGUACCUGUCCAGCUUCUACAAGAAGCCGAAAGGCCUUAAGAAGCCCUACAAUCCCAUACUGGGCGAGACGUUUCGCUGCUAUUGGGAGCACCCAAAUGGCAGUCGCACCUACUACAUAGCCGAGCAGGUUUCACAUCAUCCGCCCAUAUCGGCCUUUUACGUUACAAACCGCGAGGAUGGGUUCAGCAUCACCUGUUCCAUCUUGGCUAAAUCGAAGUUCUAUGGCAAUAGCACGUCGGCUGUGCUUGAGGGCGCGGCCACGAUGACGCUACUGCCACGCGGCGAAUGUUAUACAGCAACCACGCCUUAUGCCCACUGCAAGGGCAUUCUGAUGGGUACUCUUUCAAUGGAGCUAGGUGGCAAAAUCAACAUUGAAUGCGAGAACACCGGUUACAAGACGGAACUUGAAUUCAAGCUGAAACCAUUUCUCGGCGGGGCAGACUCCACCAACGUUGUAGUGGGGAAGAUUAAAUUGGGCAAGGAGACACUGGCUACCAUUCAGGGCCACUGGGACAAGGAGUGUCGCAUCAAGGAGGUUAAGACAGGGGAGGAAUCGCUUCUGUUUAAGGCAGAUGCCGAAAUGAGGGCUCGUCGACUAACGCGCUACGUGGUUCCGUUAGAAGCGCAAUUGCCAACGGAAUCCCAGCGCUUGUGGCGCCUUGUGUCGGAGGCUAUUGAGCGUGAGGACCAGGUGGCGGCCACCGAGGAGAAAACUGUGCUGGAGGAGAUGCAGCGACAAGCGGCCAAAGAGCGUGCCAGUAUUGAUGCCACUUGGGUGCCGGAGCUAUUCGAACAGGAUAGCUAUGGCCAGUGGCUGUACAAAUACGCCGAUCUCCGGCCUUGGGAUUCACGUAACGAUGUUAAGCAGUACGAGUGCGACUACAAGGUGUUGACUGAGACCCGCCAUAAGUCCGUGCCAAUUGUGCACGGGGGCGAGGUUAUUCAUGCGAUUCGCACGUCAAUUCAAGAACCUGUAGUGCGCCAGCGAGGACAAUCAGUAAUCGGAAGUACGGCCCCAAAGGCAAAGAAUAAAAGUCUGGUGCUGGGCCAGCGCGAGACGAACUCGGACUCAAGUCAGUCGCCGCAAAGUGCCGUGAAGCGGGGUUCAACGAACAGCGCCAUUAAACAACUCGCUCUGGCAGUUGAGCAGGUAAACGUUGCGCUAGAGAAGCAAACGAGGCAGCUCCAAGACAUUAGCCUGCGACUGGAACGCAUGCAAUAUGCUCCACCGUACAGCGGGUCUUAUAGCUCAGUUCGGUCUCCGUCGCAAUCAUCACAUCAGCUUUUGGGCGGCGGUGUCUCGCAAUCGAUUGUCAUAAAAUCCAUCAUAUAUGCGCUGGUCGGACUGGUUUUUAGUCUCAUACUGCGCUGGCUGUUCAAGUAGAGCAGGUGGAAGUCUCGUUUUCGGAUUAUUUGUAUACUUUUAAGAAAACUUUUGAACUAUAUAUAGAUUAUAUACAUACUCUAUUGUACAAUGUAUUGUACUUUGUUCUACUAUAUUUAAAAUGCCUGUGCACGCUGCCAAAGAGCUCUCUUCCCCACCACACGCUUAACAAAGCCUUGGCAACAUUUUAAGCGUGUAGUUUGUACUCAACUAUGUCCUUUAUUUAGACGCUUGAUUUGUUUAUGAUUUCCUUACCUUGCUUUCCCAAACACGUUUCAAUAUAAACGAACUAAGUCUUAAGCGUAAUUCGAGUUUCCUUCUCGACGUCCAAGUGCAAUGUCCUUUUUUCAUGUACGUUAAGCGUAGCUAAUACAUAAAAAUUGAUAACCAAUAGCAACAUAUUUCGUUAUAAUUCCAUGUCACUGACUCUAAAAUAUGUUAUUUUUUAAGUUAGGAUCUAGACGAUAUUAUUUCUUUUGAGGCUUUCUGCUGAAGAACAACGUGCGACCAGCUAAUUGAAAUAUUUCUAAACAAUUAGGCGCACACACAAAUAGUACACACCUAGACAUCUAAUUCAAAAGUGCUUAUAAUAAAUGUAGUAUUUAUAUAUACAAUA